AUGCUGGCCACCAGAACCGCCGAGGAUGAGUCUCCGGACGUGGAGGAGAUGGAUACCCUGGAGCCUAACUGGUAUUGGUUCUACCUGGCCGAGUGCGGGGUGUGGCACAUGUUUGAGAUCGACCCGAGCGCCGAUUGCUCUGUGACCAGCGCUCAGAUCGAGCAGUGUUACAACCGGAACCAGCGCGGCGUCAUGGAGUUCUACACAGCCAAGUACACGUACCGACUGAACUUCUCAGUCAUGCGACAGGUCAACUUGACGACGGGGGCUCAGCGACCAAUCAAGCGAUCCCUCCACUCGGCGACCGGCUUCAGGUUCAUUUGCGACAACCUGGCCUUGCCCGUGCCGUGUCACUGGGAGAGGAUUAACACCGAUGAGCCCUUUCAGCUCGUCCAGUUGGCCAGAGAAACAAAUGAGUUUAAAGAAGUGGCCAGACUGUAUGAAAGGACCAUGGAUCGACCUAUCAAAGCCAUCCAGAGGAUCCAAAACUUGGACUUGUGGGAGUUUUACUGCAGGAAGAAAACGCAGCUGAGGAAAGUGAAGCGCACUCUUGAUAUUGAGGAACGCAUGCUUUUCCACGGGACGGGCCGCAACAACAUCCAGGCAAUAUGCAUGUUCAACUUUGACUGGCGGCUCACGGGAAGCAACGGGGAUGUCUACGGCAAAGGCAGCUACUUUGCCCGUGACGCCAAAUAUUCCAGCAAGUUCUGCCACAACACCAGCAAGCACAACAGCAACCUGCAGCGGCACGGGUUGGCGCCAGCUAUCUUUGCCAGCGAGCCGUCCUAUAAGAGCAUGUUCUUAGCCCGGGUGUUGGUGGGGGAGUACACGCUGGGCCACCCGCAGUACUGCCGCCCGCCCUCCAAGGACACCAGCCUCACCAACUUCUUCGACAGCUGCGUGGAUGACACGGCCAACCCCAAGAUCUACGUCGUCUUCGACAGCUAUCAGAUCUACCCGGAGUACCUGAUCGAGUUCUACUGA